AGAAAAACACCUCCCAUAUUUUACCGACUUGAGAGCUCUUUUCUCUCGCCGGACCCAAUGGGCUUAAUCCUUACUCUGUCGCCGCAUACGCCGCCUCACGUAGCCUUUCGCCUUACCUCUCUCUCUCACGCCGCAUCUCAAAACGAUUAAAGAAAGAUGCAAAGCCUUGGACGAUACUCAAGACGAUUCCUCUUGUUCAGGAAACCACAGCCGACUCAGUUCUUGCGUACCCUAACGUCGGCGAAGCUGAGUGACACUUUACAUAGCCGGGUCAUGGCCGUGGAGAACAGGUUCCCGUUCCUAUGGAGAGUUAAGGUUACACCUGUUCUGAACGAAUGGCUGAAACAAGGCAAUGAAAUAAGCCCUACCGAUCUAAGAGCCGUCAUCAAAGCUCUCUGCGAGUCUCAGCGUUACGACCACGCCCUCCAGGUCUCAGAGUGGAUAACUAAACAAGGGGUUUUUGAGCCAAGCACUGAAGAUGUUGCAUCUCGGCUUUAUCUCAUUGAGAUUCAUUCAGGGUUGAGUGAAGCAGAGAGUUUCUUCAAAAGCAUUCCCGAGAACAUGAAAGACGACUUUGUUUACACCACUCUCUUGAGCUUCUACACAAAAUCCAAGAAAACACGACACGAAGCCGAAGCCACUUACCAGAAGAUGAGGGAGCUGAAUCUGCUCUCCAAACCCAACCCUUACUACAAGAUGAUCUCUCUCUACGGCCUUCUUGGAGAAACUAACAUGGUCGACGAGGUUCUGAGGCAGAUGGAGGAGAACGGAGUUGUCCAUGACAAGACUCUCACGGACAAUAACGUUUUGAAGGCCUACGCGAGUGUACCUGACGUGGAGGCAAUGGAGAUGUUUCUGAAAAGAAUAGAAGACGAAACGCCGCCGUUUGUAUUGGCUUGGCAAACGGGAAUAAGCAUGGCGAAGGCUUAUUUAAAAUGUGGUUCGAGUGGAGAAGCGAUAGAGAUGUUGCUUAGAACGGAACUAGUAGUUGAUGCAAAGUCCAAAGACGCAGCGAACAAGGUGUUGAUGGAGAUGUAUAGGGAGGCCGGAGCUAAACGAGACGAGUCCCGCCUCUAUAGGCGUGUCAAUCAGAAUGCUAAGCAAGGACAGAGAAUGCGGGCGUGUCGAUGUAAAGGAAGUGGUGGACGAAGCUCUUACCACCCGGGAUAUUACUAUGGUGGAUGUGGUGGCGGAUGUGGCAGUGUACGUGGUGGUGGGGAUGGUAGCCGCGCUGAUGAUGACGGUGGUGGGAUGGUAGCCGCGCUGAUGAUGACGGUGGUGGGGAUGGUAGCCGCGCUGAUGAUGACGGUGGUGGGGAUGGUAGCCGCGCUGAUGAUAACGGUGGUGGGGAUGGUAGCUGCGCUGAUGAUGGUGGUGGUGGUGUCAGUGCUGAUAAUGUCGGUGACAGUGGCGGCGGAUGUGGUGGUGGUGGUUGUGGUGGAUGUGGUAGCUGGGAUUGAGAGUAGAAAACCAAGUAGAGAGUCAUUGGUCAUCUUAUCGUUAAGAUAAUGGUUACUUAAUUACCGUCGAAUGUUUAACUUAUAUUGGUAAUAUACUCUAAUAUAUGACUUUGCCAUAUUGCCAACAAUCGUGUUCUACAUCUUGUCCAGUAACUUUUAGAUUUUUUUAAUGCACCAAUACGCAACAUUUGGAUUCAAA